AUGUUGGAGACAUUGAAGGGUAUCCUAACUAUCAUAUUGAUAACUAUUGUAAACGUGGAGUUUAUUAUAGGAAUUUUAGGAAAUGCAUUCAUGGCUGUGGUGAACAUCAUAGACUGGUUGAAAAGUGGAAAGAUCUCUGCAGUGGAUAAGAUCCACAUUGCUCUUGCAUUCUCCAGAACUGUUCAUAUGUUGUUACUAAUCCUAAGUUUUUCAAUAGUUUUAUUCAGACAAGAUUCAUUGCAAAUGAAAAUAGCCAUAAGAAUGCACAGUAAUUCCUGGACAGUGACCAAUCAUUUCAACGUCUGGUUUGCUACAUGCCUCAGCAUCUUUUACUUUCUCAAAAUAGCCAAUUUCUCAAACUCCACUUUUCUGGCUCUCAAACGGAAUGUAAACAAAGUGGUUUCAGUGACACUGGUGGUGUCUCUGAUAAUCUUGCUUAUAAACAUUAUAUUCAUAAACAUAAUCGUUGAUAGUCUUGAAGAAAGCAUACUCCAAAGGUCUAGUUCAAAUAAUACUGUAAAAGUUCAGAGCCUUCUUUUACUUAACACUAUGUUCACACUGAUACCAUUUGCUGCCUCCCUGACAAUGCUUCUCCUGCUCGUCCUCUCCCUGUGGAGACAUCUGAAGAACAUGAAUCACAGUGCCACAGGCUCCAGAGAUGUCAGUACUGUGGCCCACAUUAAGUCCCUGAAAACUGUAUUCACCUUCCUGCUAUUAUAUACUGUUUUUGUUAUGUCAUUUCUUUUACAGUCUUUGGCUUUUAGCUCUAAACAUAGAAAUAUUAUUAUUUUGUUUUUAUGGAGUAUAGAAACAGCUUUUCCGUCAGGUCACUCAUGUGCUCUGAUUCUGGGAAACAGUAAACUGAGGCAAGCCUUUCUUUCUGUAUUAUGGUGGGUGAGGCGUAAGUGCAAAUGUACAGAGAAUUGGGCUCCCUAA